AUGGACAUAGACACAGGCAUGCACCAAAACCAACACAACAACCAACAGUUCAAAACCCUGCACAACAACCACAACCAAAACCAGCACAACAACCAACAGUUCAAAACCCUGCACAACAACCAGCACAACAACCACCUCCACAACCAGCACAACAACCACCUCCACAACCAGCACAACAACAACCACAAACAGAGCAAGGACAUAAAAGAAGUAGAGAACAAGGAAACCAAGAAUUCUUAA